UUGGGGAUUUUUUGUAUCAGUCCAGAUAAAGUAUAUAAGGCACAUAAUGAUCAGCUGAAGGACAGCAGGUCCACAGAGAAGAGAGCGGUCCAUCCAUUGUUGCACUGCAGAGGACAGACUCACAAACACAGAGACAACAUGAAAGCUGCCGCAGCCUUCUUGCUGGUGCUGGGUUGCCUGGCUGUCAGUCAUGCAUGGAAAUGCACCGAGGCUCCUCGGCUGUCCUACGCCUUACAGAUUGACGCUGGAAUGGGAAUGGUGGUUGCAACAGACGCUUACAGGCGGGCCUAUUUCCUGAGCGGACGGUCCUGGUACAGACUGGGCACAACUGCCCUCAAGCAUGUCUCAGUGGGACCUGCAGGAACGUGGGGGACUGACACCUCGAACAGGGUCCACAAAUUGGUCGCUGGAAACUUUAAACGAGCCAAUGGUCUGACCAUGCAGCAGGUAGAUGCUGGUGGUGCUGGGCAGCUUGUCGGGUCAAGGCCCUCCAGCUAUCUCGCCUUCUGUCUGAGAAAGACUUAUGCUUUGCCAUACACUGGAGUGGGCGGUACCGCCUGGUCUACCCUUUCAAGAAGGCUGAAGUACUUUAGCUGUGGCCCACUGUACGGAUGCUGGGGCGUUGACACAAGUUCCCGUGUUUUUCUCACUAGGGCAAUGUCACCAACCUCCUGCGGCACAAGUGGCUGGUUGUAUGUGAAAGGGAUAACAAUGAAAAUGGUUGAAGUGGGGACAGACGGAAGCGUUUUUGCAGUGAGUACAAAGGGCAAGCUCUACCAAAGAGUUGGCAUCGGCGCACGUCGCCCACAAGGCACAGCUUGGCGUUUUGUCCAGACGUGCAUGGACGUCCAGCACGUGUCCUAUGACCUGCGCCAGCUCUGGGUCGUCACCACCUCUCGCAGUGUCAUGACAUGCACUAAUGUCAAGAGUUUGGCAGUUGAUAAAUGAGCAGCGAUCUCUGUGUGUCUCGGCUGUCAUACGUUUACAUGUUUGCCUUUUCUUCAGAUGAUUUGAUUCUUUUCUCUGAAAUAUACAAAAUCUGUGGUGUAAAUACUAAUUUUUCUUAAAUAUAUUGUGGUUCUUUCUUAAAUGAUUCAGCAUCACUGCACAAAAUCUCUGAUAAGCAUUUAAAUG